AUGAUGGACAUAGAGCACGAGGCUUCCUGCAAGCUCCGCCGCUCCAUGCAUCCCACCUCGCCAGCUGACAUCGAUCCAAAGGUCCACAGCACUGUGGAAAGAGCUGUGAGGAGCAUUCUGGGUGAGCAGUCCAAUGAUCCCCGUAGCAACCUGCUCAGCCCAUCUCAGGUGGUGGUGGAGGUGGUGCCCAGGCUCCUCCUGGCCCUGUGGCUUCAGCCAGAGGAAGGCCAUUCAGAGCACCCAAUCCUAAUAAGCGGGAUGGCCAUGGGCAUGGUGGCGGCCGUAGUGGAGAAGCUCUCCAGCAUGUUAAAGGACCCUUCCCCUCACAUCCCUUUCUCCCGGGCAGCUGCUUAUGACUCUGUGCGGUCGAUCCUCGGGAGAAUCAGUCAGUCCUUCUCCACCGAUGACAUGCAGAGCCCUUUUUAUAUGAGCUCUGUUUGUGCCUUUGUGGCGGAUGAGGUGCAGAGCUGCUUCCAGCCCCCUGCAGCCACCCUACCAGUCCCCCCUGUCCUCGCGGUGGCCGUUUCCACCACACUACCAGCUGACAUCCAAACAGACCCGGCUUGCUCCCACCUGGAGGUUGUGGACAUCACCCGUAAGACAGAGGCAGAUCCGGCUUCUUCCCACCUGGAGGAUGUAGACAUCACCUCUAACACAGAGGCAGACCCGGGUUCUUCCCACCUGAAUGUUGUGGACAUCACCUCUAACACAGAGGCAGAUCCGGCUUCUUCCCACCUGAAUGUUGUGGACAUCAACUCUAAUACAGAGGCAGACCCGGCUUCUUCCCACCUGAAUGUGGUGGACAUCACCCCUAAUACAGAGGCAGAGCCCAUCUCUUCCCUCUUGGAGGUUGUGGACGUCACACCUGAAGAAAGGACUCUCACGAUGGCUGUCUCCGCCACUCUGCCAGCUGACAUCCAAGCAGGGGAAGUUGCUGUGGUCAUCUCGGAUGUCACCCCACACGUCACCAAGGACGUGACACUGGAUGUUCCAUGCAAAGCUAGGAAAGGGGCAGUCCGGCGAUUAUUUUGCAGGCUUUGGAGGGCAGUGUGCUGCUGCGCCUGCCACAAGGAAGAGGAGGAACAAUAUUAAUUAUU